GGCGGCCGUCCCCGCCGCCGACAUGUCGCUGGCCAUGGAGGAGGAGGAGUACGCCAGGCUGGUGAUGGAGUCGGAGCCCGAGUGGCUGCGGAGCGAGAUCAAGCGGCUCUUCCAGGAGCUGGGCGAGACCACCCGGGAGAAGAUCCAGGCGGCGGAGUACGGGCUGGCCGUGCUGGAGGAGAAGCAGCAGCUGAAGCAGCAGUACGAGGAGCUGGAGCUGGAGUACGAGACCAUCCGCACCGAGAUGGAGCAGCUGAAGGAGGCUUUUGGACAGGCCCAUACCAACCACAAGAAGGUAGCAGCAGAUGGAGAGAGCAGAGAGGAGACCUUGAUUCAGGAAUCUGCUACCAAGGAAGAGUACUACAUGAAGAAGGUUAUGGAGUUGCAGACAGAACUGAAGCAGCUCAGAAAUGUCCUUGCCAACACUCAGUCUGAAAAUGAACGCCUUAAUUCUGUUGCACAGGAACUGAAAGAGGUCAACCAGAAUGUGGAGAUCCAAAGGGCCCGUCUGCGAGAUGAUAUUAAGGAAUAUAAAUUCCGAGAAGCGCGUUUGCUGCAAGACUACACUGAGCUUGAAGAGGAAAACAUCUGUCUCCAGAAACAAGUGUCUGUCCUGAAGCAAAAUCAGGUGGAGUUUGAAGGCCUGAAACAUGAAAUCAAAAGGCUUGAAGAGGAAACAGAAUUUCUCAACAGCCAGCUAGAAGAUGCCAUACGGCUGAAGGAGAUCUCCGAACGCCAACUUGAGGAGGCCUUAGAGACGCUGAAGACAGAGCGGGAGCAGAAGAACAACCUUCGUAAGGAGCUCUCUCACUACAUGAACAUCAACGACUCCAUGUACAACAGCCACCUGAACAUCUCUUUGGAUGGACUGAAGUUCAGCGAUGAAGCCACAGAGCCCAAUAAUGAUGAAAUCAUGAAUGGAUUUGAACAAAACUGCCUCAGCAAACUCAGCAAUGGCAAGAAUAGUACAUCAACGCCCAAGAAAAAUGAAAGCUUCCCUCCAGCCCCAAGUCUGGUUUCAGAUCUUCUGAGUGAAUUAAACAUUUCUGAAAUCCAGAAGCUGAAACAACAGCUUGUACAGAUGGAAAGAGAAAAGGUGAACUUGUUAACAACGCUACAGGAAUCUCAGAAGCAGCUGGAAAAUACACGGGGGGCCCUCUCAGAGCAGCACGAGAAAGUUGGCAGACUCACAGAAAACCUCAACGCAAUGAAGAAGCUCCAGGUCAGCAAGGAACGUCAGUCUGCCCUUGACAACGAGAAGGACCGAGACAGCCACGAAGAUGGAGACUAUUAUGAAGUUGACAUCAACGGGCCAGAGAUCCUGGAGUGCAAGUACAAAGUGGCUGUGGCAGAGAUUACUGACCUAAAAGAAGAGCUCAAAAAUCUUAAGGCCAAAUACAAAGAAUGUGAGUCUAAGUAUGAGGAAGAGAAGAGCAGAUAUGAGACUGAGAGCCAGGCUCUCACUGAAAAGAUCACCUCACUAGAAAAAUCCAGUAGGCAUGAUAGAGAACAGGUGGCCAGACUGGAGAAGGAGCUGAAGAAAGUCAGUGAUGUUGCUGGAGAAACACAGGGCAGCCUCAGUGUGGCCCAAGAUGAACUAGUCACCUUCAGUGAGGAACUGGCCAAUUUAUACCACCAUGUCUGCAUGUGCAACAAUGAAACUCCAAACAGAGUGAUGCUGGAUUACUACAAGGAAGGUAAAGGUGGACGCAGUAGUCCAGAGACCAAGGGCAGAAGGUCUCCCAUUCUCCUUUCUAAAGGGCUGUUAACUAUAGAGCUAGGAAAGGCAGAGAAUGUAAGCGGUGACAGCAGCCCAUCUCCAGUGUCAUCUCUGCCGUCUCCUGUGUCAGAUCCUCGGAAGGAACCAAUGAACAUUUACAACUUGAUCGCUAUAAUCCGGGAUCAGAUCAAACACCUGCAAGCUGCUGUGGACAGAACAACUGAGUUGUCCAGGCAGCGUGUUGCCACUCAAGAACUUGGGCCGGUGGUGGACAAAGACAAGGAAGCUCUCAUGGAAGAAAUCCUGAAGUUGAAGUCCCUGCUGAGCACCAAGAGAGAACAGAUAGCAACUCUGAGAACUGUGCUGAAGGCCAACAAACAGACUGCAGAGGUAGCCCUUGCCAACUUAAAAAGCAAGUAUGAAAAUGAGAAAGCUAUGGUUACGGAGACAAUGAUGAAGCUGCGAAAUGAGCUGAAGGCUUUGAAAGAAGAUGCUGCUACCUUCUCUUCCCUGAGAGCAAUGUUUGCUACAAGAUGUGACGAAUAUGUCACACAGCUGGAUGAAAUGCAGCGGCAGCUUGCGGCAGCUGAGGAUGAGAAGAAGACUCUGAACUCCUUGCUUCGGAUGGCUAUCCAGCAGAAACUGGCAUUGACCCAGCGCCUGGAACAUUUGGAGCUAGACCAUGAGCAGUCCAAAAGGGUGCGCACAAAAUCUGCUUCCAAAGCCAAGAGCAGUAACCCUAGUAUGAUCAGCAGCUUGCUUCCUGUGCAUUGCCGCUCUGCCUAUAAGUAGUCAGGAGAUAUCACAGUACUAAUAUAAGCUGUAGAGUAGUCCCUGGAGAAGGCCUUUCCAACAGUGCAACAGCAUUUCUUAGCCUCUUUCAUUAUGGUUAAAAGUGGUAGCCCAUUGCACAAAGAAUGGAAACCACUGACCUGAUCCUAACUUUUGAAAACACCUUUUCCUAUAUACUACCUGAAACUUUCCUUUUAUGUCUGAAGCUAUAAAACAAACGAGCUUUACCUAUAAGUGCUGCUGCAGUAAGAAAACUUACAAGUGCUGAAGAAACCUACUUCAAAUGUAACGAUCACCAUAUUAGUUUAUGAUCUACUAGAAAUGUUCGGAUGGGGGAAUUUCUUAUUUCAUUGCAGAUGCUCAUUUUUUAUCUGAUUGUUAAACCUGUGCACUUUUGAUAUUUUGAUAUUUUUCUUUAGCUUCUUUAAUUCCUUAUGUAGAAGAGUUUAUAUAAAUGCAGUGGUUUGUGCUCAUAGUCUCUCUCCAAUUUGGGCUUGUGAUUUUUGAAUUCUACAUCAGCAUGUGGCAGAGAUUUUUGGGGGGCUCUAGAUUGUGAUUAGAAAAGAGUUUCAACAAAAAACAGGAGCUCUGCUAAACUGUGUGCUGUGCUUCAGCAGCUUUUUUUAUUAUUAUAAAAUGUUAAGCUUUAUAUGUUUAAAUUACUGAUUUUUUUUUUUUUUUAACUGCCAUGUUCAUUAAGAAAUCCAGGGUAUUCAAAUUCUGGGGUUUUUUUCAUAUUGUAUUAUUAUUCUUAGGAAUAGUUCAAUGUAACAAGAAGAAAACUUGACUUUGCUCUGGUUAAAACAGUAAUAGGCACUUGAAAAAUAUUAAAUAAGUAGUAUUACCUAUAAAUUCCAGAAUUCCUGGGUUUUAGGAAGUUGAAGUAUUAUUGAUUAACAGAAUUUUAUACAACUAUACCAGUUAAAUUCCAAAUUGGAAUUGUUUUGUUACUUUUUCAUUUUAUUGUGCCAAAUUAUGGUACAUUUAGAAAGAAAAAUUCUAAAGUUGUCAAUGAUAGGGUGUUAUAUAUCAGCGCCUUUCUGUCAUUAAUUAUUGCCAGUAGUGCCUUUAAUCAUUUUAAGGGAGACUCUUAGAAUAGCUUAGUCUAAGUCCUGUAACUUAGAAGAAAUGGAAUGGCUGUUUUGGAAUUUAUUAAAGACAUGGAGCAAUAAGUGCAAAGUGAACUCCCCUUUCGCACAUUUUUAAUGGGUAGUCUUACUAUAGAGAUUAUAUAUUCAAGGAAUUGUAAAAAAUUCUGUUAGUCAAUGAUAUUUCAUCAUGCAAAUCCUUGCAAAUUCAGGGGUAUAGAGAAAAAAAAAAAACCAACAAACCUAAACAAACCCAAAUACACUUUGGGAACCAAAUGGACUCAUGUUGAACAAAUGAGCAAGAUGUAUUAACACAUUUGUGGUAACAGUACAGAGAACGUAUCAGGAAUAUUGAUGUUAUGUUAGCUUUGUAUGGUGGUGGAUGCAGUUAACCAUAGCAUUGUUUGCAAAUGUGAACAACAAAACAUUGGUAUCUUCUCUUGCAUGUUGUAUCUAAUCAUUGUAAUUUCAGGAAACAGAAACGGAGAAGUGCAUCAACAAGCUGUACCUAUCUCUCUACUGUUUGUUGAGGCUCACAUGAAUGAUUAAAUUGGUACUUGUUGGGGGGGAGCCUUCCCACUCCUCAAAAAAAGUACAAAUUGAAAUAAUAUUGACAGUGGGGAAAAGAUUUCUGUUUGCUGGAAAAAAAGCAUUAUUAUUCCUAGAUGUGGGGACUUAUAUUUCCAUCUUCUGUUACAGUAUUGAGUCAUAAGAAAUAUUGUUGCAUUUAAAAUUACUACAUUUGUAUGUGGGUAUUUAUUUGAAAUGAUGUCAAAGUACUGUAUUAUGUUUUAUGUGCAUUACCUUUUAGUGGUGGAUUGGUCUCCAUUUAACGUCAUAUGCAUGUAUUCUUGCCAAGUAACCUUUACACAGAUCUGAACAAAAAAAAAAUGUUAAAGAGAAAAUGUGGAAACUUCUUAAAAGUAUAACUGUGUGCUAAUUGGAUAACCUUAGGAGGUAUAGAGGGCAAAACAUUACUUCCAAAUUAAUAAAAGUGUUUAAUGUAGGAAAGCAAUCUGCCUGCGUAAAGGUAGUCACAUUGGCAGUAUCAAUAAAAGAGAAAAGGAAUCGCG